AUUGUUUUCUAAUAACAGUAUUGGGCAGCCUGCACAGAAAUAACCAAAUGAGCGAAUAUGCCGAUGCUUUUUGUCCCGAUUUUGCUGUUCAUGUUCCGACGGUCUACGACUACGAGGGCAACAUAUCAAGUGCUUUUGGUUUUAAAAUGGUGGAUGAACCUGAAAAUGAAAUGGUAGAUGUUUGCGUAAUGGACAGAAAUCACAUCAUUAGGUACACUUGCCAAAGUAGCCUUGCGUUGACGUCAAUUUCUGACGACCUCUACCGAAUCAUAAACGCCAACGUGAAAGAAACUGUUCCCGAACUUGAUUUGGAGGAGAGUGAUGAAAACUAUAUCAAAGAUCGGGAUUUCCAUAGGAAGAGUCUAGUUCAAAAGCUCACGAAAACAUCACUUUCUAUUGAUUACACUGAUGAAAAACAAAAAUAUUACGCGGAUGAGAAGCAGAAUCAGACACAAAAAUCAAUACAAUUGGAGAAUUACAGCUCAGAAUUGGUUCAAAAUGCAGAAAAUCAUCAAGAAAAUGCUGCUGGACAACAACCGAAAGUUAACGGAAUUCAUGACAAGUUUAUUUUACUCUCAGAAUUAUACAAAAUCUUUCGCUGCUGA